AUGGAAUCUCAGAAACAAGAAAGCGGAGUGAAGAAGAUGAAGAGAGUCACUAAGAUCAUAGCCUUGGCUUCCAUUUUCUCUUUUGUUCUAUCUUACUCUUCUUUAGUCUCUUCUCUUCAACAAAACCUCCAUUUGCUUUCCAUGUAUAUCAACCUUGUGGACAAGAAAUACAUAUUCUUGUUAUGCAAUGGUAUUGUAGGUUUUAUCAUGGGCAAUUUCAAAACCCUUUUGCACGGGAAUGCCAUUAACAUCGUUGAAGAAACGGAAGAAGUAAGGAUCAACGACAUGAGAAAAUCAGAAAUGAAGAAAGUAGUAGCUCUACUUGAAGAACAGCACGUAUCCAAAGAAGAAGAAGACUUAGUGACACUACAUGAAAAACAGUGUGUAUCCAAAGAAGGAGAAGAGAUGGCUGGUUUAUUGAGAGGAGAAGAAGAAGUGACAAUGGUCGUUGAGGAUGACGAUAGAGGUAAAGACCUCACUGUCAUUAGAAACGAUGAUGAGAUAAACGAUAACUUGUUAAGUUUGGAAGAUUUAAACAAGAAAUGUGAGGAGUUUAUCAGAAGAAUGAAGGCGGGGAUUCGAAUGGAGUCCCGGAUGUUAUUGACUUCUUAG